AUGUCUCGAAUGCCCGGAGGUCCCUCAAGAACGCCUUCUGCUUGGAGCAAGGCUGAUGUCGGUACCCCAUACACCAACACUCCCGACGCUCAAUCGGUACAGCAAGAAGAGAAGGUACAGCCAGGCGCAGGGCUUGGACUGCAACGGAUAGUAGGCGGAAAGUACAUCGAAGCGAACAAGGAAGCCGGACUACACGCCGAUCAUGGACCCCUUCUCGAGAUCGAACAGGACAUGCCCCUGACCCUCAUCGAGGUCAUCCAGAAAGACGGCAAGGACUUCAUGGAGUUGAAGUUCGCCAAUGGCGACUGCGAGAAUCCAUACAACUGGAACCCGAGAUACAAGACUUUCGUCAGCUACAUGCUCAACGGAAUGACCCUGUUCAUCGGAUUGGCGACGACGGCAUACAGCUCGGGUAUCGAUUCCAUGUGUGAGGAGUUUGGAGUCAGUUCGGAAAUUGGACAAGUCGGUCUCUUCCUCUUCAACUUUGUCUGCGCCAUUGCGCCCAUGGUGCUUGCUCCCUUCUGCGAGCUCGUAGGCCGCAAGAUCGUCUACUCUGGCGCCUAUCUCUGCUUCUCCCUCUGCUUCAUUGGCUUGGCACUGGGCAAGAACAUCGCCACGAUCCUCGUCAUGCGGGCCUUCCUUGGUCUCUUCGGUUGCGUCGGCACGAUCCUCGUGGGUGGCACUUUUGACGACAUGUACGUCCCGCGAGAGCGAGGCAAGCCCAUGGCCAUGUUCUCAUACAUCGCCAUUCUCGGUACUGUCUCGGCUCCGAUCUACGCGGGCUUCAUCGAUUUGACGAUUGGCUGGAGAUGGAUUGAAGGCAUCCAAGGACUGUCCAACAUUCCCCUACUCCUGUGCAUCUUCGUCUUCUUUCCCGAAACCCGAGGCGGCUCCGCGCUCCAAAAGCGUGCCAAGCUCCUCCGGAAAAUCACCAGCGAUGAGAGAUACGUCUCGCCCAUCGAAAUCGAAACGCCCUCGCUACAGGCUAUGUUGAAAGCUUCCUCCGUCAAGGCCAUCCGCAUGCUCGCCACAGAACCCGUCGUCUUCGCCUUCGGCGUCUGGAUCGCCUUCUCCUGGUUCGUCGUCUUCCUCUUCCUGUCCGUCAUCCCCAUCACCUUCUCCGAGAAGCGCGGCUGGAACGAGGGUGUCUCCGGUCUGCCCUACAUCUCCCUGGCCAUCGGCACGACCCUCGGCUGGGCGGCGAACCACCUGCAGAUGCGCAAAUACGACAAGAUUGUCGACGAUCCCGACCAGCGCGUCACACCCGAAGACCGCCUCUACGGCGCCAUGUGGGGCGCCGUGUGGUUCCCCAUCGGCCUCUUCCUCUACUCCUUCACGCAGUACGGCUACCUCCCGUGGAUUGCGCCGACCAUCUCCCUCGCCCCCAUUGCGUUUGGCAUCUACUUUGUGUUUGAGAGCACGUACUCGUACACGGCGGAUUGCUACGGGGAGAGCGCGAGUUCGGCGAUUGCGGGACAGGGCCUGAUGCGGAACACGCUCGGCGCCGUCUCGCCGCUCUUCGCCAGUCAGAUGUUCCAUGGUAUGGGCAGUCAGUGGGCUGGAUUGUUGUUGGCGCUGCUGGGGACGGCGUUGAGUAUGCUUGCGUUUGUCAUGUUUAAAUGGGGUCCGACUCUGCGGGCGAGGAGUAAGGCUGCUAUCACCUAUUAG